UGGCGAGAAAUGUUUACUCAGAGUUGUCUGCAUUGACGUACUGCUACGUUUAGUUGAUAUAAACAACGAUGAAGUUCUGUUUGGUUUGUGUGACCAGGUGACGAAAAAAUGCCCAGUGUUUUGGUGUUAGUUGUCCUCUUAUUAUUGAUACCUAAUGUUUUUAAAAACAGUUCAGGCUGUUUAGGAGAUGUCAUCACCCGUGAAUGUGGAAGUAGCGAAAGGGAAAAGAGACAAACCCAGAACGAAAAAUCGCCGGAAAAUGACAACAGUGUGCCUGUGACAUCAUUAACACAUGCGAAUGGAAGCCAGGGAAACUGGAGUGGUGUUAAUAUCACCUCUGAUGUUACAACCACUACCACUACCAAGGAGCCGCCCAUCAAGAAGCAUAAAGAUGCAGAGGUCAAGGACUUGCCCCGCAAGGGUGCUGCUGAGGAAGAGCAUCAUAGUAGCCUGACCAUCUUCUUCAUUCUUCUGGUGGUGGCUAUCUCUAUUUUGCUGGUACACUUGCUUAUCCAGACCAAGUUUCACUACUUGCCUGAUAGCAUUGCUAUAGUACUUAUAGGAGCUUUAAUAGGUCUAGCACUGAAGGUCUUUGAAUUUGGAAACUGGAAGAAUGAAGAAGCAUUCCCUCCCACAGUUUUCUUCAUUGUGCUUCUGCCACCUAUUAUUUUUGAGUCAGGUUACAACUUGCACAAGGGCAACUUCUUCCAGAACAUUGGGUCAAUUUUGGUGUUUGCUGUGUUUGGCACAGCUAUAUCUGCUAUGGUUAUUGGAGGUGGAGUGUAUCUUCUUGGGCAGGCACAGGUUGCCUACAGGCUGACACUGAUUGAAAGCUUUGCUUUUGGGUCCCUCAUCUCUGCAGUAGAUCCAGUGGCGACACUGGCUAUAUUCCAAGCACUGGAUGUUGACCCUAUCCUGUACAUGUUGGUGUUUGGAGAGAGUGUCCUGAAUGAUGCAGUAUCGAUUGUAAUGACAACCACCAUUCUGGAAUUCAGCAAACCAUCAGCUGUUAGUGGUGCAACAGCCUUUUUCAUGGCAGUGGCAAGAUUCUGCAUCAUGUUUUUUGCUUCUGCUGCCAUUGGAGUCUUGUUUGGACUGCUCAGUGCUGUCAUUCUGAAGUUUGUGAACUUGCACAAAACCCCAUCAUUGGAGUUUGGUCUGGUGCUUAUGUUUUCAUAUCUACCUUAUGCUCUGGCUGAGGGUAUUCACCUUUCAGGGAUCAUGGCCAUUCUCUUCUGUGGCAUUGUGAUGUCACAUUACACCCACCUGAACCUCUCACCGGUCACACAGAUUACUGUUCAGCAGACAUUCCGUACCAUCGCUUUUAUUUGUGAGACUUGUGUGUUUGCCUACCUGGGGCUAGCUAUCUUCAGCUUUAGAGUCAACGUCAAACCAGCAUUUGUCAUCUGGAGUGUGGUACUGACACUGAUUGCCCGCGCUGUCAACAUAUUCCCUUUGUCUUUCCUCCUUAACUUUUUCCGUGAGCACAAGAUCACCCGCAAGAACCAGUUUAUCAUGUGGUUCAGUGGUCUGCGAGGUGCCAUUGUUGCAUUGAGCUUACACUUGGAACUGGCAGCAGAAAAACGCUAUGUCCUGGUCACAACUACUCUCAUCAUUGUACUGUUUACUCUGAUGAUUCUAGGUGGCAGCACCAUGCCACUCUUAAAGCUAAUGAAGACAGACAAGAGAAAGAGAAGGAAGCAUGAGAAAGAAGUCACCUUGAGCAAGACAAAAGAAAUGGGGGAGACUGUUGACUCUGAGCACCUGUCAGAGUUGACAGAAGAGGAGUAUGAAGUGAACUUUGUCAAACCUCAUCUGAAGGGCUUCCUCAAGCUGGAUGCUAAAUAUCUCAUACCCUUCUUUACACGCCGCUUUACUCAACAAGAAGUACGAGAAGGACGCAGUCAGGUGGACAGUCUUACCAAAAAAUGGUACAAGGAGGUGCGUUCAGCACCUUCUGAUUCAGAGGAGGAGCAGGUAGCAGAGGGAAGACUUCCUCUUCAAAUGGAGGAGACGAGUUUUAACUCGCAAAACAGUAGCAACGCUCAUCUAUAGCAUUCAUCUUACUACAAAGAAACUUAUUAGUUUUGUAACAUGGGCUGUAUUCUUGUUUCAUUUUGGACCAGACUGUCUUGGCAUGAUUUAAAAAUUUAUGACAAGCCUCUUUGUGGUUCAUAAGCAGUGUAAUGAAGUCCUAGUUGAUCUGGUUUUUGAAGCCUGUUGUGACUUUCAAUCAAAUUUUUUCUGUGAUUGGCAGGUUGUUGUUGAAUAUUGCCUGGAUUUUAGCUUUUAGUUGAAAGUUAUUUGCAUGACAUUAUUACCUGCUGUUGAACGACGUAAUUCACAAAAACGUAGAUAGAUAAUUUGUCAACUAUUUCAGGUUGAUGGUGUCUAACUGUGUGUGUACCACAAGUGUUUGUUAUUGAGAAAAGUGCUUCUUGCAAGGUAGUGCUAGAAAACUUUGCUGUUAUGAGAAACAGAACUUUUCUCUGGAUGGGGUCUGCUCAGUGGGGAAAUGUGUUAAAUCAAGUGCUCUUUAUUAUUGUUUAUUAUUAUAUAGAAGUUUAGUUUCUGGGCCUGUGCUACAGGGUCAUAUACAUAAAUAAAUAUACCAUUUAUUUUCAUGCUGUUCCUUCAUAUCACAUUGCAGAGUUAUUUCACAUUGAACAUUUUAUUUAAGAGUAUUGAUUUAAUUUAUAUUAUUUAAAAUGUUUGGUUGAAAAAUUCUUCUCUUUUUUUUUGCGUUAUCUUAUUAUUCUUCAUUCAGAGUAUUUACAUAUCUCCAAAUUUAUUGGGUCCAUGUCAGUCAUUGCAGUCUGUGAUACAGAGUUUAGAAAGGGGAGAGAAGGGAAGUGUUUGAUACAUCGAGUGCAUCUGUUGAAGAGUUACCUUUGGUUCACAGAGGGGUUUCAUUUCCUAUAGUUCUCUAAGGUGAUCUAAACAGUAUACAUCGCCAAGAUGCAUGAUACAAAACUGGUAGUAGAUGCUAUCUUUGGUAACUAAUAAUUUUGCAACAAAUCAUUGCAUGGAUACUUCUUUGAUUUCUGUUGGCCUUUGGAAGAAAGGUUUGAACAGCUUCCCCCCCAAAAAAAAAUAAAAACCAAUGAUUAAAAACAUUCAGUUGGCAUCAUAAUCAUAUAAAUUUGCAGAUAUUUUGGGUGGUUAAAUUGUGAUGAACUUCUGAUCUUUCUAGAGUUUAACAUCAGGUCCUGUAAGUUUUUUUUUUUUUUUUUUUUUGACCAGAUAUGCUGUCAUUAUGCCUUUCAUAUUUCUUGUACAAGUUUUGUGAUUAUUGAAAAAUGUAACCACAUAUUGAAGUCCCAUCUGUCUUUAAAAAAAGUCCCCAUUCAAAAAUAUAUAAUCUUCUAUGAGAUACAAAAAUAGUGCAAUAUACUGUAACACAUGGUUAUUCUCAUUCUUUUGUGACUAUCAAAAAGAGGCAGUGCAAAAUUUUGUAACUCGAAGAUAUUGCUUUCUUAAUCUUUGUAUCAACUAUUAAUGGCUCAUGUUCAGCUUUCUAGGGAACUUGUGACAAAAUCUUACUGGAUUUUAUCCUUCAUUUCCAAAUUUUAUUUUUGUCCAGUUGGAUGACACUACCUUUCGCAGGUUUGGACACUUUAAAAAAGUUUUAGUUUUGAGGUGAGGUGUCUCCAUAUUGAUUUGUGAUAAUGUGAUGUACUAACCAGCAUAGUCAUUGGCAGAGUCUGUCAUCUAGGUGGGCUUGUGAUUAUAUGAUGAGCUCACAGAGCCCUCGCUAGGGGGAUGUGGGGCCUUGGGCAAAUAGAAUUUUGGGGCACAAUAAAAAAUUACAGACUCUUUCAUCCCUACGUUGUACUCAUUAGCACGGGGCUCCCAUCAGGUGCGGGCCUUGGGCAGUCCCCCGCUGGUGCCGGCUCUGGAGGUCAUUGGUAGAGUGUGGGCUGGGUGGGUUCAUAAUCAUGUGAUGAGGUCACUGGUAGUCUGUCGUCACAGUGGGCAGGUAUUCAUGUAACAGUUGCUGACCUACCUUGUUUCCCCCCUACAUGCUGCAUGGUCAGUCUUGCUUCAUGCUUGCAGCUAGUGCCUUUUGGAGACUUGCUGCCGCCAAAUGUUCUCUUGGCAAAAAUGUUUUUUCAUAUUGCUUCAUGAUCAGAAUUUAAAGAAUGCUUUUGUUUACUGAGUAUAUGAUGACAUUGCAAGCAAAAGUGUUGAAUGAAAGUGGAGAGAUGUAAAUUGUUGUCUCACACUUCUAUAAAGUUUUCAACAAACAGCAAAAACAAAGAUUUUUGAUAUUGAUUCUUAUUAGGCACUUUAUAUUUCGAUCCUUAUUCUGGUAAUUUAACUCUGAAUUAAUGUCACAAAAGUAUCAGAAUAAUGCCACAUUUUUAUGGCUGCCAUAAUGUGAAAUUUACCCCAGUUGAGGGGAAGGGAAGUUGAGGAUAAUGGUGAGUAAAUAUUUCUGGGUUCUGUCA